AUCGGCUCGGAAAAGGGGGGAAGUUUGAGCCUCGUUCUCACGGAGCGCGAUCACCGGGAGUUUGGCCCGUUCCUCCAAACUCUUCACAAGGAUUGUUCCCCGUUUUGGGGGGCUGAUUAGUUUUUCUUUUUUUUUUUUCCUUCUUCUUCUUCUUCUUCUCCUUUUUACGGUACGACAAAUCUCGGCGCAGUUUGCAGCUUGCGCGCUCGCUCCGCUAAACUGGAUUUUAAAUUUCUUUUCUCCUAAGUUUUUUUUUUUUUUUGCCCCCCCCUCUCCCUUUCCCCCUCCCACGCUCACGACUAUGCUUCUCGAUAGCGGUCCGCAGUUCGCGUCGCUAGGAGUGGGCGGCUUCGGGGCACCAAGGCACCACGACAUCAGCAACAGGGACGCCAGCCUGCACGGACUCAACCCGUUCAGCGAGUCCUCCCACUCGGCGGCGUUCAAAAUCAGCCCCGUGGGCCACGACAUCGCCUCCGGCCAGUCGUCAGCCUUCACCCCGCAAGCCGGCGGCUAUGCCGCGGCCCUGGGCCACGCGCACGGCGGCCAGGUGGGCUCGUACGGCGGCGGGGCGUUCAACUCCACGCGGGACUUUCUGUUCCGGAACCGCGGCGUGGGAGAGUCGGCCGCUCCGAGCGCGCAGCACGGGCUGUUCGCGGCGGCGUCGGCCGGGAGCCUCCACGGGCCGCCGGGGAUUUCGGACAACCCGGGACAUCUGCUCUUUCCGGGACUGCACGACCAAGGGGUGAGCCACUCGUCGGCCGGCGGACACGUCGUCAACGGCCAGAUGCACCUCGGCUUGCGUGGGGACAUUUUCGGGCGAGGCGACCCGUACCGGCCGGUGGCCAGUCCCCGCACGGACCCGUACGGCGCGGCGGCGCAGCUGCACAACUACAACCACCCCAUCAACGUCAACAUGGGCAUGAACGUCCCGAGCCACCACGGCCCGGGAGCCUUCUUCAGGUACAUGCGGCAGCCUAUCAAGCAAGAACUGUCGUGCAAGUGGAUAGACGAGCACCAGCUGAACCGGGGCAAAAAGACGUGCGACAGGACGUUCAGCACCAUGCACGAAAUGGUCACGCACGUGUCCAUGGAGCACGUCGGCGGGCCCGAGCAGAGCAACCACAUCUGCUUCUGGGAGGACUGCCCCCGGGAGGGCAAGUCCUUCAAGGCCAAGUACAAACUCGUCAACCACAUCCGAGUGCACACGGGGGAGAAGCCCUUCCCGUGUCCGUUCCCGGGCUGCGGCAAAAUAUUCGCCCGCUCGGAGAACUUGAAAAUCCACAAACGAACGCACACGGGUGAGAAGCCAUUCAAGUGUGAAUUCGACGGCUGCGACAGACGCUUCGCCAACAGCAGCGACCGGAAGAAGCACAUGCACGUGCACACGUCGGACAAGCCGUACAUCUGCAAAGUGUGCGACAAGUCCUACACGCACCCCAGCUCUCUCAGGAAACACAUGAAGGUUCACGAGUCCCAAGGGUCGGAAUCGUCCCCGGCGGCAAGUUCUGGAUACGAGUCGUCCACACCCCCGGUUCUGGCCUCGGCCUCCAGCGAAGACCCCACGAAAACGCCCCCGUCAGCCGUGCAAAACACAUCCGGACACAGCGAGGGGCUGGCGCCCAACUUUAACGAAUGGUACGUGUGAGAGGCAGCAGCGGAACCAGAAGCAGAACCCGAACCUUGGCGUGGAGGUGGCGCGCGGAUAUGGAAUUAAAAAAUGAUCAUUACAAAAAAAAAAAAAAAAAAAAAAGACUGAAACCCUUAAAAAAAAAAAAAGACUUUUCCGGACUCCACACACACUUGACAUAAACGUACAUCCAGAACCACACACAACAAAAUGGGACGAGCAGAAGCAAGCGGGCCACGUCCGAGCUCAGGAUUACCCAAAAUUGGACUUUUUAUUCCGCAGUUUGGAGGGACUCCAACGAGAAUAAACCGGGAAAGCAGAAUACUUUCUCAAGAUUAAGUCAUUGUGUUACCACCCCCGCCCCCACCCCCUUUUUUUCGGUUGGGGAAAAAAAAAGUUUCAGGAAAAAAAAAAAAAUUUAUUUUUCAUUUUAUGUAUUUUCUCAAAAUGUUAUUUAAAAAUUAAAAAAAGAAUAAAAAGGGAGAAUUAUUUCACAGUUUUUUUUUUAUUACAAAAAGGGUGGCAGCAACUGUUCUGUCGCCUUUUCAAUUGAUUGUUGGAACUUCAGUCUUAAGAAACGUGCCAAAGUCUUUUUUUUUUUUGUCAUGAACUUGAACACAGUUUAAAAGAACACACACACACACACAGAAAAAAAUAAAUAUUAUACUCGUGAAUGUAUUUCCUUGUGUGAUGGGGUCGAAUCUGUUGUCAACGUCCGUUUUUCGGGUGGAGAAAAAAAAAUAAUAAUAAUAAUGUGGUAUUAGGUUACGAUUGUUGCCGUUGAUAUAACGUUGCCUUUUGUUAAUAUACCGUUGUAAAUACAUAUCCAUGAUGCCAUAUUUAUCAAUUUGUAAUUUAAUUAUGGGUAUAAGUUCUGAAACGUUAAAAAAAGUGAUAUUUAUGGAAAUGUUUUUUCUAACAACAACUGUACAGUUUGGGCUCAGCUUCACAUUUAUGAACAACAUCAAAAGCUCCAACUUUGCGAUUGUAUCCUUUUGUCUUUUCCUUUUUGUUUUUGUUUUUAUUUUUGAACCUGUAGGCCUACACGUGUCUUAUUUGCAUCGAAUAAUAAAUAGUUUCUAUGGAUAUUAUGGAUGUGUCUAUAUAUGAUGCAAAAUAUUCCCCCGUAACUUCUCUAUUUUCUUGUACAUUCGUGACUUUUGAGCUGAGAAACUAUAAAAAAAAACGGUCGUGUGGAUAUCAUUAUUUGGGGUUCAAAUGUUUAACUUUGCUUUUGUAUAUUUUACUUGAAUAGAAUCGGACAUAGAUGUCGAUCUGUAGCAUUAAAAGAAGAAGAAGAAGAAAAACAGCCUAUUGCACUCUGCGUUGCAGAGGGGUGUGUGCAGAUUUCCAAAUCGAACUGGGGGUCUUGCACUCAAAUAUAUGCGCCAAUAAUGGCUUCUGUUUUUUUUUUUUACGAUUAUUAUUUUCCAUUUUAUUUUUUUUAAUAGUUCCAGCAACGUCUUUUGUGCGAGUACGUUUUUAAAUGUGUGCAUCGGCAACAAUGGAACUGUCACAAGAAAAUAAAGUUUUGUUUUUUUUUGUCUGUCAGCCUGCAUUGUUUUAAAACGUAAUUCUGUGAAAACUAAGCGUGUUCUCUGUUGUGGUGUUUGCAUUUAGAGCAGUUUGACCAUGCCUGUUUUUUUGUGUGUGAAUAACUUGUCAAAUUGGCUUUUUUUUAAUGUGUUGAAAAAAUAGCAAAAGGAAUUUUAGAUCUUUUUUUUUGAGGGAUUGCAAAAAGGGUUACAGCAUUGCAUUGUAACACAUUCAAGAAUUUAAUAUGCAGACACAAAAGUAUAUUGUGAGAACAAUAUCAGACCACCAGCAUUAACUUUUAGAGCAAAAUUUAAAAAAAAAAAAGGUACCUCGUGACAGUGAUAUGAAAUACUUUUAUUUAAUUAAAUAAUUUAAGUAAUAUAUGUUUUAUAUGCUAUUUUCUAUACCUUAAUUUAAAAUAAAAUAACUACUUUUUUUUCUUAUGGCCGCCCCUCAUCUAUAUAGCGAAAAAAUGUGAAGGGGAGGAAGAAAAAAAAAGGCCCAGCGAGAAUGUGAUGAUGUAACAAUUUCUUAGAGAUAUGGGUCAUAUUCCGAGGAGGAGUAAAAAAAAAAAAAAUGUUUGAGUCAUGAAAUGUGUCACUGGGCCACACCGAGGCAAAGAAUAUGUUCCGAAACGAAGGCCCACAAGAAUGCCUUAGCCUGUAUCAGCUAAUAUACA